GAACUAGUAUUUGAAUUUCCAAUUCUUGAAACUGUUGAAAAACAUCCUAUGUACCAAUUGCAGUUAUUUAACUGGUGGAGCAAGGGUUUACGCAGAAGCGUGAGAAAUGAAAGUUUAGAAAAGGAUUUACCAAAUAAAGAAGAUGGGAGCAAAUAGCAGCAGCAUCAGCGAACUUCCAGAAAAUGAGUACUUAAAAAAGUUAUCAGGAGCAGAGCCAAUCUCUGAGAAUGACCCAUUCUGGAAUCAGCUAUUAUCUUUUAGCUUUACCGCUCCAACAAACAGUGCUGACUUAAAGCUCCUGGAAGAAGCCACUAUCUCAGUCUGCAAGUCUUUAGUUGAGAAGAAUCCUCGAACAGGAAACCUUGGGUCGUUGAUUAAAGUCUUUCUUUCUAGAACCAAAGAAUUAAAAAUUUCGGCAGAAUGUCAGAAUCACCUCUUUAUUUGGCAAGCUCACAAUGCAUUGUUUAUUAUCUGCUGUUUGCUGAAAGUAUUCAUCAGUCGAAUGUCCGAAGAGGAACUACAACUUCAUUUUACUUACGAAGAGAAAACACCAGGCUCAUACGGAACAGAAUGUGAAGAUCUCAUAGAAGAGCUGCUGUGUUGCCUCAUCCAGCUCAUUGUUGAAGUUCCCCUCUUAGAUAUAACAUACAGCAUUUCCUUGGAGGCUGUGACAACGCUUAUUGUCUUCCUUUCCUGCCAAUUAUUUCACAAGGAAAUUCUGCGAGAGAGCAUCAUUCAUAAAUACCUGAUGCACGGUCGAUGUCUCCCAUAUACCAGCAGACUUGUGAAAACUUUACUGUAUAACUUCAUUAGACAAGAAAGAAGCCCGCCUCCAGGGACCCAUGUCUUUCAGCAGCAAACAGAUGGAGGAGGACUACUUUAUGGAAUUGCCUCUGGGGUGGCAACUGGCCUGUGGACAGUCUUCACAUUAGGGGGAGUGGGGAGCAAAGCAACGCCGCAGCUGGAACAGUGCUCCCCUCUAGCUAAUCAGAGUCUGCUGCUUCUGCUCGUCUUGGCCAACCUGACCGAUGCUCCAGAUACGCCGAACCCCUACAGACAAGCUAUUAUGUCCUUCAAGAACACACAGGAUAGCACUGCUUUUUCUUCAUCGAACCCACACGCUUUCCAGAUUAAUUUUAACAGUUUAUACACGGCUUUGUGUGAGCAGCAGAAAUCCGAUCAAGCAACUCUUCUUUUAUACAUGCUUCUGCAUCAAAAUGGCAAUGUGCGGACAUACGUGUUGGCACGCACGGACAUAGAAAACCUUGUUUUGCCAAUUCUUGAAAUUCUGUAUCAUGUCGAAGAAAGGAAUUCACACCAUGUUUACAUGGCUCUUAUAAUUUUGUUGAUUCUUACAGAGGACGAUGGCUUCAAUCGAUCCAUUCAUGAAGUGAUACUGAAAAAUAUCACUUGGUAUGCUGAGCGUGUUUUAACAGAGAUCUCACUUGGGAGUCUUCUGAUACUGGUCGUGAUAAGAACCAUCCAGUACAACAUGACACGGACAAGGGACAAGUACCUUCAUACAAAUUGUCUGGCAGCCUUAGCAAAUAUGUCAGCACAGUUCCGCUCACUUCAUCAGUAUGCUGCUCAGAGGAUCAUCAGUUAUACCUGCCGCCACUUGCGGAGAUAUGUCUAUGUCUUGGACAAACUGUAUUUCCCCCCCUCGCACUGCUCUACGCUGCAGCAUUGCUUCUCGAGCCUCAGUGACAAUGGAGAGGAGCUCUUGUCUUUAACUUGCUCUCACAUUCUCAGAGCCUAUGCUUCCAGUUUGUUUUCUUUGUUAUCCAGAAAACACAACAAAGUUUUGGAGCAAGCCACGCAGUCCUUAAGAGGUUCCCUCAGUUCAAAUGACUCUCCACUUCCUGAUUAUGCGCAGGACCUGAACGUGAUCGAGGAAGUGAUCCGAAUGAUGCUGGAGAUUAUCAACUCCUGCUUGACAAAUUCCCUCCAUCACAACCCGAACUUGGUGUACGCUCUGCUUUACAAGCGGGAUCUGUUUGAGCAAUUUCGAACUCACCCUUCCUUCCAGGACAUAAUGCAAAAUAUAGAUCUGGUGAUCAGCUUCUUCAGCUCACGAUUAGAGCAAGCUGGAGCCGAGUUGUCAGUGGAAAGAGUUCUGGAAAUCAUCAAACAAGGAGCUGUUGCUUUGCCCAAAGACAGGCUGAGAAAAUUUCCUGAGCUGAAGUUCAAGUACGUGGAGGAGGAGCAGCCGGAGGAGUUCUUCAUCCCGUACGUUUGGUCCUUGGUUUACAAUUCGGCGGUGGCCCUGUACUGGAACCCACGCGACAUCCAGCUCUUCACCAUGGACUCGGGCUGAAGGAGCAGGUGCCACCGCCACACCAGCUCGACUCUGUCUUGCUACGGAAAAUCCAACUCGGCACUGCGUGUUAAUACAUGGCCCCUUCCAGUGUGCCCCCUCCGACCCCAAAGCUUACAGAGAGCCAAGCUCGCUGCUCGUGUACGGUCCAACUUUGACAUCUCGAAGCAGAUUGCCACAGACCUGCUGGCAACAGACUGCGGUGCGAGGAACUGGCGGCUUGUAGGCAACCUUAUAUUUAUAGUCCUAUAACGUAGAGCUUGUUUGAUGAAAAUGAGGCCUUACACAUGGGGUGUGAUGUUACUACCGACCACAAAACUGAUUGCUCUUUUAACUUCACUGGGGUAAUGAGGAAGGAGAUGAUGGGCUGUGAUUUGGAAGUAGCAUUUGUAUUUUCCUUUGAUUAAAGCAAGGCAGCUUCUUUGGGUCAAGCUUUUUGUGGUCUGCUGGAUUCUGCGGUGGGUUGCUCAUGCCCCUCUACCAUGCUUUCACUCACAGCCCUUUAUUUUGAUGGCCCUGUCCUGGCUGCGGUUUCUGAAUUGGUGUCUCCCUUGUCAUCCAAGUGAGCUAGCAAGCAGCGUAGUAAUAAAAUUAGCUCUGCAGGCACAUUCAAAACACCCGAUUUUGAUGGCACAAUGUUGGUGGGAGGAUUUUCAGUAGCAAGUCUCUUUUUGGUUUGGCAAAUAUUCUUUUGAGAGCUGGAAACAGCAACCUUCGGAGUGAGGUCCCUUACAGACUUGCUUUGCUGUACUUCUGGAAAUUGAACACGUGAACAAAUGUCCAAAGAAAAUAGUUAAAAGAUUGUAAAAUAGACCAAUGUCCCGUAAAAAUUUGUGUAGUGGUGACAGUGUGUAGUGGGGAUCCCUGGCAAAAUGUGUUGAAAAUUGCCUGUUUGCUAUUUGCGAGGUUUAUGACAGAAGUAUAAAUUUAUCUGAAUGUAGAAAACUUGUUUUGUUUUUGAAAGUGUCCUUUCCGGAUAUACCCAGCUUAAUGCAAGUAAUCCAAAAAGUGUCUCUGCAGUUGGAAGAACAAAAGAAAUUGACUGACCUGGUUUUGUAAGAACAUCCCAUUUUUCAAAAUGUCGAUUUUUUUUUUUUUUUGGUCUCUGGGGAGGCUCCUGGCGGUGUCCACUCGCACGUGGAUGCAGACGCCGUUGUAAUCCCAGUGCUGCUGCGUGGAGGACUGUCACCAGCGCAUUGCAUGCCAAAUCAUAAAGAUCAGGGAGUCAGGUCCUAAACAUAUAUGGCGAACCCCUCUAUUCACUGCCUACCCCAGCGUGUCCAGCUUACUGAACUGGAGAAUAGGGUGCAUUUACUUUCAGACCGUCCUCUGAGUGGCUUUAAAUAGAAUUAUUUGCACUCUUUUUCCCUGAAGGAUAUGCUAGAUUUGUACUUUUAUUUCCUUAUUUAGAGGUGGAAGUCCAUGGAAAUACUAGCUUAAAAAAAAAAAACCAAAAUAUUUAUUUCAAUAUAGCUGCAAAGAGACAUGCACAGCACAGGAGCAUUUAGGACUUUAAAAUGGCACAAGCUUUUGAGAAGAGGCAAUAGUAAGACUGAAGCUGCAGUUUUUUCUUAGUAAAACAUGAGAGAUGAUUGAACCAUGCCCGAGCUGCACAUAUGUUUGUGCUAUGUUUAGGAUUUUUUUUUUUUUUGGCUCCGCGUGAACGUCAAAAGGGAAUGACUCUUCUUGGUUAUUGUAGUGAUUUGUAAUUUUCUCUUUUAGUAAAAGGCUAAGAGCGUUUGUGAGUCAGCAGAGCUGCGCAGCCUUUGGAAAGGUCAGUCUAAAGAUGCACUUUUGUACUGCGGAGUCUGAGGCUCCUGGGACAGCUCAGUUUUCAUUGAACUUGCGCACCCAUGGGUGCAGGAGCCUGCCCCGUAAUGACCACCCUCCACCCCGCAGGCUUCAGGAGAAGUGGAGCGCUUCGUAAAAGAGGGCUCAGACGGAGCAGAUGCUUAGCAUCAGGGUGCCAAACUGGAGAGAACCCAACUUUCUUCGAAAGGGCUUUUUCUAAAGAAAAGGGUACGUGAAGCAGCAAUCUGAUAGGAUAGGUCAAACCAGCUGCUGGAUCAGUCACACAGUGAAUCAUUUCUGGCUGUCCUCGUGUUCCGAUGACAUUGAAGCGCAGAAGGAACAGGUUUGUUGCAAUCGCAUAAUUUCCUCGUGCAUUUAAUUAAUAUGCAAUGCUUACAGAGCCCGGCUGGUUGGUAACAGCUGGAGUUGCAAUCCCAAGUUGCAGCGGCAGAGCCAGACCAGGAUUUAUGCAGAAAGCCAUGCUAGCCUGACUGACUCUUUGAGGAGUUUGAGUAUUAUAUAGGUCUGGCAGUGUCCUGAAGUCUGCAGUCUGGCAUGUUCACAAAUACUCUGUUUUCCUUCAGAUCUGUAAAGUAUCACCUUAGGGGUCCUUUUCAUUACUUUGUGUGAAAGAUUUAUUAUGCGUAAUAAAAAAAAAAAUUUUA